UUUGUCAAACACAUAGUGUGCCUUUGUCGUAUAACUAUAAAUAAUGUGAGUUAAUAUCACCACACAUUGUUAAACAGAAGAAUUGAGGAGGACGUACUACUUGGAAUUAAGAAAUAAAUAUAUAAAACGGUAGGGAGCUAGAAGAUAUUUUACCUGAAACCUGUAGAAUACGAAAUAUUCAAUUGUAUAUUCACCAUUCUGCUUUCUUUAGAUAUUUUAAUCUGUCGAGGAUGUCGAUGUUAAAAUACAAUGUUGUGGUGUAUGUGUUGCUUUCAACCUUUAUCAAAACAACAGAAGGCACGCUGAACUGUGAUGAACAUUUGGAUUGUCCUGCCGGAAGUGCAUGUUUGCCUCCGGGAUUCGGAAAAGCAAAACAACCUGCCCAAAAAAAGUGUUACCCUUGUUCAUGUGCUGACUUGAAUCAAUGUUACAUUCAAGGGGGCCUUCACGGCAUGGUGACGCAAUGUAACUGUUCCGAAUCGGGUUUUACUGGCUGCAACUGUGAAACAAAUAUUGAUGAUUGUGCUAGUUCACCAUGUUUGUAUGGAGGUACAUGUAAUGACGGGAUCAAUUACUACAAUUGCACAUGUUUGCCUGGGUUUAGUGGAGGGAACUGUGAAAUAGCGUUCAGCGGUUGUGACGAUUUGCAACCCGAGGACAGAGUAAAUGGGGAAUAUGUAAUCUACAAUAGCCAAGACGAGCCAUACAAAGUGUACUGCGAAUUCCACGCAAGUUAUGGCUUCACAUUUAUAUUAAAAGAAGAUGCUGGGAAGGCUGACCUGAACCGCCUUCGGUCGUAUUAUACUGAAGUGUUGGUAAGACACUUGCGUUCAAAUGGACAUCAGUAUGAUACUACAAUGGAACAGAUCAAUACUUAUUCUUCAUUGAAUCUUAGUAUCCAGUACAAUACAAAUGUUGAUUAUGCAACACCAUUAAACAGCGCAACAAUGGGUCCUUAUUUGUAUCUCGGCUUCUUACCAACGUCUAUCGCAUCAAGCCAAACUACACAGGGAUACCGAGCAAACGGACACGACUUCACGUUCUCAAAUUGUGAUGGAAAUCCUAAUAGCUAUCUGGCAUUCUUUGUUAACCCUAACAAUAACGAUCCAACAGGCUAUUACAUGAGCUGCUGCUAUACACAAUUGAUGAGAUACUGGAUUGGAGAUGCUGCUAACCAAGCUCCGAAUUAUAUUCCGUGUAAGUACUUCUACCAGUUUGAGAUGCACAUGGGAGGCUGUGGUGGAUAUGCUAUCAAUGGCUACAACACUUUGGAUGACAUAUUCGGUGCUGCAUUAGGUUUUCGCUUUGAUAUAUAGAAGGGCUCAAUUAUUGAUAAUGAAAAGAAAACAUAUAAGAUGGCAACCGGAAGAAAAUCUUUGAACAAUUGCAUCCGAUUAUCAAAUCUUAUCAAUGUUCAUAUAUAUUUAUUUUGUCCAUAUACGUAUAUCCUUCCUUUUGAGGGUUAUGCCCUAAUUAGUAAGAUAGAUAACAUGUUGUACAAAGUUGGGUACAUUC